AUGGACGGAGAUCUGGAGCUGACGGUGCGGGGAUCUCAGGACCAACCGCAAGAAAGCAAAAUUCAGGAUGAAACUGAAGGCGAACCUCUCCUGGAAUCUGCCGUCCAGGCCGAUUGCGCUGAUACAUGUAUGAAAACGACUCGAACAGAGACAAAUGAAUUGUCAGAGGUCCUUUUAUUGCUCCUCCUCAUUCCAUCCUUUCUAUCAAAUGUUGCGGGGAAAAUGAUGGUGCCGGUGUUGCCUUGGUUUGCCAAGAAUCAACUCCAUGCAUCAACCACUGAAAUUGGCAGCUUGGCAGCAGCGAAGGCGUUCGGAAAAUUGAUUUGCAAUGUACCCUUGGGUUGGAUGGUGAGCUUGUUUUAUGAGAACAACAGCAACAGCAAUCUCGAUGGACGAAGCUUGCUUCCCAUAGUGCUCGCUUGCCUGAUAUUGGCCAGUGCCUACGCUGUGGCUGGGUUCACAACUACGGCCACGGGUUUUCUAGCGUUUCGGCUAUGGGAGGGAGCUGGUUGGUCACUCUGGGUCCUUGGACGACAGACGCUCUUGAAUGAACUUACUACAAAAGAAAACAGGGGAAGAUACAUGGCUACGUUGGGAGGCGUUGGCCGAAUUGCGUCAGUCUUUGGACCCUACCUUGGGGGCUUUGUUGCCACAAAAUCAAAAGCGCAGUGGUCUUUUUGGUGUCAGGCCGUGCUCAUGGUUUUCAAUGCUGCUGUGGUGCUGGGAAUCAAGCUAUGGGUGAACCAAAAUGUCACGCAUCAGCAUCCUAACGGAUACACUGCCGCGGAAACAAGUGAAGUCGAAGCAAAUGAAUCCCAAUGCAAGUCUAUACAAGAGGACGGACGCAACCAUGAUGGUGACAAUGACGCUUUUGCGACUGCCAAUGGAAAGCCAAAUGACCCAUCAUCCAACAUGAGUUGGCUGGAACUGCUUCGGCGGCAUGGAUGGAUCCUGAUGGCCCUGGCUGUCUUUGGCUUUUUCGCAUCAAUCGUGCGAGAGGCGCGGCAUCUACUGUUUCCUCUCCAAGCCAUGGAGAUCGGGUAUGAUGCUCACACCAUUGGUAUUAUGACAAGUAUCACCUUUCUUGUGGACUCAGCCAUGUUUCCUGUCGCUGGAUAUCUCGCUGAUUGUCAUGGACGAAAGUACUCAGGAAUCCCUGCACUUGUCAUCAUGGGGCUCUCCUCGGCGUCAGUCCCCGCUCUCACCAAGAUCUAUCCAACUUCAAUCACAGCAUUGACCUUGGCAAGUGCUGGAUUUGGUCUGGGAAAUGGACUCUCUAGUGGCUUGCUCAUGAGUAUGGCUGGAGACGCAUCGCCUUCACGAGGCCAAGAUCGUGCCAAGUUUUUGGCCCUGUUUCGAACGUGCACAGAUGCAGGACUGUUGCUGGGCCCCUGGGUUAGUGGGAUAUUAGCAGAUCACUUUUCAGUUUCAGUGGGAUUUCAAGUGGUGGCUGGUGUAGCAGCUGCAGGUGCUCUAUGGAUGGCGCUUGUGAUACCAGAGACAGCGCGACCCUCUGCAGAUGGGCAUGGGAGUUGA